CAAGUUCAUUAAUACAUUAAAAAAACAUCAAUCGGUGAAAGCAGACCGAAUGGCAAGUCAUGGAUUAGUGAUUUGUUUGGAUGGGGCAAAUAGAUAACCUACAGAAACUCUACAGAUGCAGAAAGCGUUGUGAACUUAGGACCAUGCGGCUGGUCACGUUUGUAGCACUUCUGUGUGGCCUGGCCCAUGUUAAGGGAGAUAUAUCAGAACUGGACAUCUUUAAGGACGUGCAACCUUUGAGAAUCGGGGCCUUUAACAUACAGAUUUUUGGAGAGACCACUUUCAUGAAAUCUGAAGUACGCCAUGAACUUAUAAAGAUUUUAUCGAGGUAUGAAAUUGUUUUGAUACAAGAAAUUCGAGACUCCUCUGGACUCUACCUACCCCUACUGGUGGAAGAGAUAAACAAAGCUAAACGACAAGAUGAGCCGUUCAGCCUCGUUGUGAGUGAGCGUCUGGGACGGUCCACCAGCAAGGAACAGUACGCCUACCUUUACAGAAAGAAAUAUGUUCAUCUGAGUGAAACAUACACGUAUGAGGACCCCUUAGAUAAAUUUGAGAGGCCUCCAUAUUGUGUGAAAUUCCAUACGGAUAUGUAUGGGAUGCAUGAAUUCGGAAUUAUCGGACUACAUGCAAAACCAGAUGAUGUCUUUAACGAACUGAAUGAAUUAGACAGAGUAUACGAGGUUGUUAGCAGUUUAUUCGCUACACCCAAUAUCCUGAUCGCGGGAGAUUUAAACGCGGACUGUUCUUACAUCAGUAGGCAGGAGUUAAAGGAGCUCUCUAUUCGGCGGAACCCCGCCUACACCUGGCUAAUCUCCGAUAAUGAGGACACCACGGUCGGCUCCUCGUCGUGUGCCUACGACAGAUUUAUUGUUCAAGGAACCGACUGGCUUGAUAACAUCGUUGGCGUCAAGAUCUUCUACUUUGAAGUCGAAUAUCAGCUGCCCGAAGAACUGGCCGUGGACGUUAGUGACCACUAUCCAAUCGAGAUUGAGAUUCGUGGAAAGUGUUAUAGAGAUGAUCAGAGUGUUCCGCUGACCACCGUAACAAUUAAAGACGAACGGGUGAUUCCGUCCACUGACUUAUCCUACAUCCGGUAUAUCUACCAGAAAACGGACGAGAGAAUACCGACGUGGCAGGCGCAAGUCUACAAAAUCGACACCCGGAUGAACUACGUCAUUGCUGCGAAAGCAAAUGUUGACGUCACUAAAGUGGUUGGAGAAUUUUUCCAAUUCUACGAAGCUUUUGACCGGAAGUUGUUAAGUUUGGAAUCCAUUGCUAAAUUAAGAAAAGUCCUGAACGGGUUCCAAUGCUUUCAAGACCCUAAUAUUUACUGCGUGGACACACCAAAUCUUUCUGUUGUCAACCUUUCUGUCACGUGUUCUCUCGUUGACCCCUUCACCUGUAAAAUGGACGUGUCGAGAUAUCUAUCUUAGCGUUGACCGAGGAUGGUUAUAUGGUUCCGUGUUUAAUUAUUGAGCACUUUCUUUUAAACUUAUUAAUUUUCCCCUUUAUUUAUAGAGUGUCAUAGACUCUUGAAUAUACAAAGUUUUUCACUUC